GGUAUGGCCCAUUAUGACUACAAUGCCCUACUUAAUACGGAUAAGACAUGAGGUCUUCGAGUGCAACAAAUGUAACGCACUGUUCACCUGUAAACAGUUCUGGAAAACACAUUUUGAUCAGGACUGUCCGCGACGCACCUCAUGCAUAAUCUGUAAUGUAAAUUUCAUCUCAAAAUGUCUCUUGCAAUCUCAUGUAUCGACAAGCAAUCACACAGCCUUUGCAUUCUCAAGACACAUGUUACCCGAUGAAAUAUAUAAAGUUUUAGAACAGGAAGGGAAAAUUGACACUGGAUACUCCCUAUCCCCAGGCAAGAUUGGGGAACCAAACCCGCUCACUAAUCUAACGGGAAGGAUUGGUCAAGGAAGCCAAGGUCUAUCCGAUGGAAGUCAGAUCUUUGAUAAGACGGAGGAGGAGCGCCAAGAUGGUCGUGGAGGGAAUCAAAGCCAAGAGGGAACAGUGCAGACAUUGUGUAAUGGUGAAGUGCAUCAAAUGGGCGAUAGGAUGGAAGUACAAACAAGCAAUCAUGGGGGAGGGGAAAUGUUGUAUUAUGAAAGGAAUGUACAUAUAUACAAUUUUGGAAACAUACAACAAAUAUGCAGUGCAGAGAAUGCGCUAAAAUGCAAUGAUGACGAAGUGUAUAAGAUGUAUAAGGAUAGUAUCAUGAAAACGUGCAGUGACGGAAAAGUGCAAAAAGUAUGCAAUGAGGGGUAUAUGCAAUCAUACAGUGAUAAUGUGCAAAAGGUAUACAGUGAAGGGUAUAUGCAAUCAUACAGUGAUAGAGAUGUGCAAAAAGUAUACUACCAGGGGAAUGUGCAAAUAUUCAGUGCUGGAAAUGUGCCAAAACUAUGUAAUGAGGGAAGUGCACCAAGUUCCUACCCAAUAUUGAGUACAGAAAUUAACUCUUCCAUCCACGACCAUACAAUGCUUCCACUGCGGACCAUUACUGAAAAGGGUGAUGCUGAAGAUAGAAACGUUUCUUCCCUCUACAGUACUGCACAGUUACCACUAAAGGACACUUAUGAAAAGAGUGAUACUUAUGAUAAAAGUGAAUCAAAUCAACACAGUAAUGCAACGUUGCCACUACCAGACAUUUCCCAAAAUAUUGAUGCAGCAGAUAAGAGUGAAGUCUCUCAAAACAAUAGUGAAAUGACACUUAAAGCCUCUAUAGAAAAGAAUGGUCCAAUAGAUGAAAGUGACUCUCAUCACAAUAACUUCAAGUUGCCAGUUAAAGACUUUUCAUCUAACAAUUACGGAGAGAGUGAUAGUAAUAUUGAAAGUAAACAUCUAAGCGGAAUCCAAAAACAUCCAUAUGCUGUUGACUCAAAUGUUUCAAGCAUUUCAGUUUCUCUCACAAAAUCUGUUGUAGAUUCUAAGGAAAUGGCCCUAGGCUCUGUAGAUUUUUCAGAUAAAACACAGAACUCUUGUCCAAACGGUACAAACGGUGGAUAUAGCGAAAACUUAGGGCUGAACCAGACUUCAAUAGAAUUCUCACAAAACACUAAGGCAUCUUCCUUCCUCAAGAGUGUGAAUAAAACUGCAGUAACUUUAAAUAAGACAAAGCCUUUUAAAAUCAAUAUAAAGGCCCUAACCAGACAACUCAAAGCAGCAACAGCAAGUGUAGUGUCAGCAAAAUCUAAAUCAAAUACUUCAAAGGUAAUCUCAAAAUUCUCAAAAGAAGUUACCACUGGGGCAUGCUGCAAAUCUCCAAAAGACGUAAAGAGGCACAGGAAAGAAGCAGAAAGUAACAAAUCAUGUGUCAGCUUUAGCAUAAGAGAAAACGCCCUUCUGAAACCAAUGCAGUUGCUUAAUAGGAAGGAUGAUGGUCUUCUAGACUUGGAUUUGCCAUACUCAAAAGAAACAAAUAAUUCUCAAUUACAUGAGCUAAGAAUUGAAAUUGAAAAGGAGAAAAAACUAGUUGCUGAAAUCGCAAAAGCUCACAGAGAAUUUUCAGAAAAACAUAUGUUUAGAGAAAGAUAUAGGAGGAUGAGGAGGAAAGUGUAUUCAGAAGAUGAAUUUCAGACAGACUUAUCUAGUACUUCUGGUGAGCAUUCAGAUAAUAUAAAUAUCAAUCGUUCUACAAGAGACUCUUCAAAAAAGUUAAAACCUAAGCUAUCGUCUGAUUCUAAGCGCAGCCAUGCAAAAGGCAGUUUAAAAACAAAAACAGGUGAUAGGUCAAAAAUGAAACAUGAAAAGAUGAGCAGGAAGAACAUAAAAGACAGGGAGAAAUCAACAAAACAUGAUAACCCCUUAACUGAUUGUGGAGUGAAAAGGAAAAAGGAAACGGAGAAAGUAGAUCAUAUAGAUACAGAUUACUAUGAAGAAUGCUUGGAAUCCUGGGCAGUUGGUUUAGAAAAUCAAGUUAAUAAAAGUAAGGAUAUGGAGAGUCAGCCGCAAAAUAAAUGCUUCUCUUUCUCAGAGAAAAUUAAUGAAAGCAGAGAAAAUCAGAAUUAUGAAAUAAAUACAGGUCAGCAGGAAAGUACAUUUUCCUCUGUGUUUGAGAGAAUUAAGGCUAACAAAAUAGGUAAUCAGUAUAAUACAAAUACAAACAGUCAACAGCAAAGUAAAUGUUCCUCUUUGCUGGAGAGAAUUCAGGCUAACGAUAAGCUCAGAAAUGCAUAUGAAACAGUUCUAACGGAGGAGGAAAAAAAUCUAACUGAGCCACAUCAAAUCUCAUCAAAGAAAUCCUCAACAUCAGAAAGCAACCCUAAAAUGUUUGAUUCAACCAGGUACGAAUUAGAUAGUCAGCAUCCACAUAGAUUAGUAAUUUACAGUUCUAGUUGUGAGUCUUUAAACACAACCAAAAAUAUAUGUGACAGUAACCUGAGCCAAGACAUAAUUCAGAAACACCAGUCCAGGUCUAGUGUUCGGAAAAGGCAUAACCAAUCCAGGUCAAGCAAUAGCAGUUGUACCAGACCAUGUUACAUAUACAAGAAUAGUCGAUCCACUUCAAGGGAAAGAAUCAGGGGCAACCGAUCCAGGACAAGAGAUAGUAUCAAUAGCCGAUCCACUUCAACAGAUACAAGCAGAGAGUCUCCUAUGUCAAAGCAAAGGAAUAGAAAGACUUGGUCAGGAGCAAAACACAGACGUAGAGAGACCAGGUCAAGUUCAAAACAAAGUAGCAGAGACACUCGGUCCAGAUCAAGUCAAGUGACUCGAUCUGGGUUGAGACAGAGGUACCGAGUGACUCGGUCCAGGUCGAGACAGAGGAGCCGAGAGGCUCGAUCCAGUUCAAAUUGCGAGACUCGAUCCAGGUCAAGCCAAGGGACUCGAUCUGGGUCAAGUCGAGGGACUCGAUCUGGGUCAAGUCGAGAGACUCGAUCUGGGUCAAGUCGAGAGACUCGAUCUCGGUCAAGUCGAGAGACUCGAAGUCGACGAUCCGGGUCAAGUCGAGGGAAUCGAUCUGGGUCAAUUCGAUCCUGGUCGAGACAGAGGAGCCAAAAGGUUCAAUCUAAGUUCAAACAGAAGAGUCGAGAGACUUCAUCCAGGUCAAGUGGCGAGGCUCCAUCCAGGUCAAGUCAAGAGACCCAAUCCAGGUCAAGUCGAGAGACUCGGUUGAGACAGAUGAGCAGAGACUCUCGAUCCAGGUCGAGACAGAGGAGCCAAGAGACUCGAUCUGGGUCAAGUCGAGGGAAUCGAUCCGGUUCAAGUCGAGGGACUCGAUCUGGGUCAAGUCGAGAGACUCGAUCCUGGUCAAGUCUAGGGAAUCGAUCCGGUUCAAGUCGAGAGACUCGAUCUGGGUCAAGUCAGGAGACUCAUUCUGAGUUGAGUCGUUCCCGGUCGAGACAGAGGAGCCGAAAGGUUCGAUCUAAGUUCAAACAGAAGAGACGAGAGACUUCAUCCAGGUCAAGUGGCGAGGCUCCAUCCAGGUCAAGUCGAGAGACUCAUUCUGGGUCAAGCCAAGAGACCCAAUCCAAGUCAAGUCAAGAGACUCGGUUGAGGCAGAAGAGCAGAGAGUCUCGAUCCAGGUCGAGACAGAGGAGCCGAAAGGCUGGAACCAGAUCAAGCAGAGAGACUCGAUCCAGGUCAAGUCGAGAGUCUCGAUCAAGGUCAAGUCGAGAGUCUCGAUCCAUGACGAGACAGAGAAGCCGAAAGGCUGGAACCAGGUCAAGCAGAGAGACUCGAUCCAGGUCAAGUCGAGAGUCUCGAUCAAGGUCAAGUCGAGAGUCUCGAUCCAUGAGACAGAGAAGCCGAAAGGCUGGAACCAGGUCAAGCAGAGAGACUCGAUCCAGGUCAAGUCGAGAGUCUCGAUCAAGGUCAAGUCGAGAGUCUCGAUCCAUGACGAGACAGAGGAGCCGAAAGGCUGGAUCCAGGUCAAGUCGAGAGACUCGAUCAAGGUCAAGUCGAGAGACUCGGUCAAGGUCAAGUCGAGAGACUCGGUCAAGGUCAAGUCGAGAGACUCGAUCAAGGUCAAGUCGAGAGACUGAUCCAGGUCAGAGUCAAGGUCAAGUCGAGAGACUCGAUCCAAGUCGAGAGAGAUCAGGUCAAGUCGAGAGACUCAAGGUCAAGUCCAAAGUUCAGAAGUCUUCAGGUCAAGACAGACCGAGAGACUCGUUCUCGGUCAAGACGGAGGAGCUGCGAAACUCGAACUAG